AUGGAGCUGAGCAGACCAGAACAAACCAUGGCCUUUUUGCUAGAGAAGGCCUUUAGGAUCAAAGAAGAUGUGGUCAACAGUCUGCAUGCCACACAGGGAUCUGUUUUAAUUGAAGCAUCUGCAAGGAAACUUCUAGAAAACCACAUACAGACCAUCACAAGUAUUGUCAAACAGCUCAGCAAGGACAUUGAGGUGCUGGAGGCUCAGAUUGUUCAGAGGGACAGCAUAGCAUCAGGAACAACAUUUGCAGUUCAAAGUCUAGACCACAAGAACUUGGCUGUGGUUGGAGAUCUACGGGGUAGAGUGGCCAGGUGUGAUGCCACCAUAGCAAAGCUUUCUGUAGAUGUCAGGGCUGGAGGACAGGAAAUACUCAAGCUUCAGCAGGAAGUCACUGAGAUGCAUUCCACGAUUGAGCUUAGGCUUAGAGACUUGGAACGCAAGAUUUCAGAGUCUUUGGGAAAGUUGGAGACAUCACAGACAGAGCAGAAUGCGUCCCAAAAAAAUACGACUGGAGAGAUACAGAGAGAUAUCCAGCAGCUAGAAAUAAGGACAUCCAGUGGAAUCAGGGUGCUGGAAGAGGAAGCAGCCAGGAUCAGGAGAUGGACAGAAGAGCAGAUAAACAGCACAGCCCAAAUGCAAAUGCAAAACAGGCAACAGCUGCACAAACUGCUGCAGGACAGAAUGGUGGAGGUGGAGGAGAAGGUGAGAGCACAAGUAGAUCUCCUGACUGCUCACCUGGGCCGUGUGGAGAAGCAGUUGGAAAAGGUGCAUUCUGUAGACCGUGCAAAACAAACAGAGAGCAAAAUGAAUUUCAGAAUCCAGGCUGUGGAGAAGAGCUUCCAAGCUGAACUGGAGCAAAUAAGGAGGGAGUAUCAGUCAGGUUUCCAAUCAGUCCAUGAUGCCAUUGCUUCACUGAGACAGAUCAGUGACACCAAGGCCAAACUAGAUAAGGGAGAGCUGAAGAAAGACAUCAGGCAGAUUCGGAGAAUGGUGGUGGGACAGCCAGACGUCUAAACUCUACAGAAGACAAGACACAGUGAACGGGAACACGAGCAGUAUCAGAAUGCUUUCAAACCAGCAUGGUCACACACUCAUUUACUUUUUUAGAGAGGGUGUUACA